CUAUGAGUUAACCCUAAAAUUCACAUGGUUUUGAUUUUCAUUUUCCGGAUAAAUUGAAAAUAAUUCAAAACUUUGUUUCGCUACAAAACAGAGAUAAAUUGUCUCUACUUAUAUUGUAACGUAACAAAUUCUGCCCAGAACACAAAAAUUGGCUUAACCUCAGAAAAUCCUUAAUAUUUCGAAUCAACUUUUUGGAAAGAAAUUGAUCUUGAAAUUAUAAAAUGGCUUUACUGAAAUCUAAAUUUUCCGAAAUGCCCGCGGAUGCAGUACAGCUGACCGAAUUUGAAGCUAUUCAGUAUCAAACAAAAAUUAUGAAAAACUGGAAAAACAAAUCUGAUGUAUUUGCCUUCAAUUACGCAACAUUGUCUUUAAGUUGGGCAGGUGCUACAACAGGAAUGUAUUUGAAUAAUUAUUAUCGCAAUAAACUCAAAUUGCACACCUUUGGAAGGUUUAUAUCGGUAGUUCCAAUGGUUAUUUUGCCAGGAUUUUUACCAUAUUUACUGCAUUGCGAAAUGAUUCUUCCAGAUCUAGUUUUGGGUUCUACAGGAUGUCCAAUUUGUAUUGAAGCACGUGCAUCAUGUAUACAGGCAUUUACUGGCUUUUUACUGCCAGCAGCGUUGACACCCCUUUCUGCUUUUUCGCUGUCCCACACACGUGCAACUUACGAUAUUCCAUAUUUGCACAAGGAACCCAUGAAAGUUUUCAAACUUUAUGUGAAGUUAACUAAACCAAUAGCUAACGUUAUGUUAGCUAUAGUCUUAGGACAAAUGCUCCUUGCUUCUGGCGUGACUUACUUUGAGGCAAAAUCGAUAAACACUGUCAAGAGAAAGUUGAGCGAAUUAGAGUACAACUUAGAGCAUGGGAUUGAGGCAGAAUAUGAUUUCUAAGAAAUUAUUUGAUUUAUUUAUAGUUAGUAAUAAAGUUACUUUUAGCUAGUAAAAA